AUACCGCAGCUGAUGUCCGGACUUGUAGAUUUCAUAGCGGCUCGGCUUUUGUUAGCGAGUUGGUUAAGACCAAGAAAGACCGAAGAGCCGUAUUCAUGCACUUACAGGGAAGAAAAUGAUCAUCUGUGCGAAAAAAAUGGACUAUCACCUCGGAACUCCGUGUCAGCUUGUCAAAAAUCAGGUGAUGAAGGUGAACUCUGAGAAGGAACGUGCCUCUCCAUUGUGCAUGAAGGUUCUGGCCAGCAGGGGGCGAUUAGACACAGUAUCGCAGCAAAUGGCCUCUCAUCCGCAGUAUUUGGAGAGCUUCCUGCGAACCCAGCACUACAUCCUGUACAUGGACGGCCCGCUGCCCCAUCCCUACCGCCACUACAUUGCCAUCAUGGCUGCAGCACGGCAUCAUUGCAGCUACCUAGUGUCUCUGCACUCUGCUCAGUUCCUGCGGUGGGGGGGCGACCCACUAUGGCUGCAGGGGUUGGAGGCUGCGCCCCCUCGCCUCCAGCAGCUCGACCACAUCAACAAAGUGCUGGCUCACCAGCCCUGGCUCCUUGCUCACUCGCACAUCCAGGCUUUGCUGAAACGGGGCGAACAGUGCUGGUCACUGGCCGAGCUGGUCCAGGCCGUGGUGUUGCUGGCCCACUAUCACUCGCUGUGCAGCUUCAUCUUUGGCUCAGCUUCCGAGACGGACACCGCACCCACCUUGAGAGUGCCUCAUGGAACUCCCCCGGGCUACUGCCUGUGCGAUGCUGCCAACGGCAACACAGCCUUACCACCCACAGAGCGCACGCCCCGAAGGAGGUCUCUAGACUCAAGCUGUGAGCUGACUUGCCUACGAGAGAGAAUCCAAAAGUCUCAGGAAGAGAAAGAGAGAAAAGGAGACCCAAUUCUACACUCACACACACUCCUACAUAUAGAUGCAGAAGAGGAGGAAGAGGAGAUGAUGUGUUCUACAGACCCCUCCCGUUUCACAGACCCCGAUUUUGGCUACCAGGAAUUUGCCCGACGGGAGGAGGACCAUUUCCAAGUAUUCCGGGUGCAGGACUACUCAUGGGAGGACCACGGUUUCUCUCUAGUGAACCGGCUCUACUCAGACAUUGGGCUUCUGCUGGAUGACCGGUUCCGGAGCGUGGCCUCCCUCCCUUCCCCCCAUGACCCCGAUCUAAAAAGAGCUAUCUGGAACUACAUCCACUGCAUCUAUGGAAUUAGAUAUGAUGAUUAUGAUUACGGAGAGGUGAACCAACUGAUGGAACGUGGACUGAAGCUUUAUAUUAAGGCUGUGGCCUGCUACCCAGACUCUACCAAGAAUCCUCUGUGCCCCCUGCCUUUGACACCUCUCAAAGCCUCGGAGAAGGUCCACGUGAACCUGCUAGUGAUGGAGGCUCGGCUGCAGGCUGAGCUGCUCUAUGCACUUAGAGCCAUCACUCAGUAUAUGAUUGCCUAGGACACAGACACUCGCAUGCAGAGAGAUGGAGGGAGUUGCACAAUCACUUACGGUACAUAAGAGUCCUAACCCAGGGGCAAUGGGGAAAGGCAAGGAAAGAAAAUGGAUGUUAAAAAAGAUGGGGGAGAGCCAAACAGAGACUUAAGAAGAGCAAUAUCUCUCCUAAUCCAUAUCUCUUAUGUAUUCUCAUUGUCAAAGGUUACUUAAGUGUGACAUAAGGUACUGCUGUGAAAAGUCUUCAAGGUGACACUUGAAGGUGGAAAAAACAAUCUUGUCCCCCCAUCUCUAUCUCUCCAUCUGUCUGUCUCUCUCUCUCUCUUUGCAUGUUGUUCCUCUUUCAUUACUUUCUCUGACCUUAACUUUGUCCUUACGUGUGUGUGUGUGUGUGUGUGUGUGUGUGUGUGUGUGUGUGUGUGUGUGUGUGUGAGGUUGUGUACAUGUGUGUAUGUGCUGGUUGUUGUUUUUUUUUUUUGUUGUUUUUUUUGCUGUUUUUUUUCUACUUUUUUCAGUUGAAUAUCCCUGUUCCAGAUGGUUAAUGUGCAAUUAUCUUUAUUCUAUUAUUGUUGUUAUUGUUGUUGUUAGUGUCAAUGAUAUUUUUAUUGUUGUUUUUUUUUUUGCUGUUGCUACUACUUAAAUAGUAGAUGGGAGGAUGGGAGGAAGUGGAAAUUUCAGUUCUAGAGUAUUGAAUGCAUAAGACUGAGACAAAAACAAAUGACUUUGACCUCUCCCAAAAUCUGAGUCUGUGUUUACUGAGGGCUGAGCGAACAGACAAAAGAUGAAUGUUCAAAAUGGUUUCUGAAUGCUUCAUUUGGAUUUAAGUUCAGAACAAGACAAAAAACGACAAAUGUAGGGUUACAUGACUAUAACUUUGUUUUAAUAGCACUUUUAAGAUAAACAUUAUAUUUAGGUGCGAACUUCUCUUACAGCAGCAUCCAACUUUAUCUUUAAAACCAUCAAAAAAGGAUGUGCUUCAUAUGACUCCUUUUUAGUUGUACUGCUGGCUUAUCCAGCAUUAAUGUGAAGGCUCGAGAUAACCGACACGAACCUGGCAGAACUUUUCAAAUAAUCUGAUGCUUUUUAGCAAUUUUACUGCAAAAGUAUAAAAUGUUACCUUAUCAUGUACACUCCACCAAGACGACGGAGUUUAGAAUAAGCUUAAGUUUAAUGAUUUUAAUGUUGAAACAUUGUGGUGUAGGUCAAAUGAAGGAAUUUCUUUUCCAAACAAAUCUGCAAAACAGUUUAAUGAUACUUCGCCAUCUGUGAUACUUUACAAUGCGAUGAGGUCAGAGGUCAGCCUGCCGCAAUGCUUCCUGUAAUUGACCUGCACAAAUUGUUUCCUUGCACUGGACUUUUUUUGCACAAAAACCCCGUAAGUGACCUGCAUUGCCUCUGAGCAGCUGUAACUGUUAUUGGAACAAAUGACCUGGUGAGGCCUGGAUUCACUGGUACCAACCACACUGAUGCCAUAAGUACUUCAAAUGUUCUGCUGGUGGGAAAGGCCAAACUUGGUUGUUUGCUAGGUAAAGCCAUGAUAGUAUUGAAGAGUUGCAGUUUUCUGAUGCUCAUGUAAAGGUACAUUUGACAAAGAAACAUGGGCACCAACAUUUUCUUCUUUUUUUCUUUUUUUCUUUCUUUGUUUUUUUUAAAAAUCUAUUUAUUGUUACACACAUUGCAUUACAGUCCUGUCACUGCGGCUAUGUUCAGACAAUCUACAGUGCUCAGCAGAUUUUGGCAUGGGUUGCUCUGUUUAGACAGAAUACUGAUUGGUACUGAAGUGUUUUCAAACUCAAGACCAGAUAGGUAUCUCACAUGCGGAAGGGUGGAGGAAUAAUCAGAUUUGAUUGUCUGUAUAAACAUAGCCAGUGACUGUUCUUGGCUGGGUUUCCCAAAAGUAUCUUGACAUUGUUAAACGGUAGAGUGAGCAUCACGUUAAAUACUCCCUCUACCAGUUACGAUUAUUAUAAUGGUAUGAAGCUUUUUGGAAACCGGGCCCUUGUUGUGUUCGUUUUUUUUUUGUUUUUUUGGUUUUUUUUGGUUUUUUUGUUUUUUUGAGAGGGAAGAAAAGGAGGGUUGAGAGUCUCAUCAGCUGUGCUGUUGCAUUUCAUCUAAUACAGUAGUACGGGACUUUUGGGGGAACUACAGAAUGCAUAUCAGAGGAACACAAAACCAAUGGAUGUAUUUCAGUAUGUGCUAAACUUUGGGGCUGACUUCCUGGACACAGGUUUGAGUCCUAGGCUUAAAAGAACUUUUUCCAUUGACUGUAAAGGCUACUUUAGUCCAGGCCUACAUGGACCUUAACAGAGCCACAAGAUGGAGUUUAAUAAGCGUGGUGCCUUCAGCUCAUAUCAGUAAGGCAAACUUGGACUGGCAUUGUUGCUGAAGGACAGGAGGUACUACUGAAGCGUGUUGGACGGAGCUGUAUUUGGUCGUGUUCGGCUGAACUGCACUGCUCCUGCGCUCGCAAAACAAGCAAAACUGCAGCAGACAGGCCCACUGUUCAAGUGUGCUUCUCAGUACCAGCCAGCAGCAGCAGCACCAACCCUAUCAGCACUAUCAAGCUGUCCUGCAUCUCACGUGCUGUAGUUUGCCUGUUGUACCGUCAGCAUGUCUUAAGCGGCCACUCCCUGAUUGUCUUGUAUGACAUCAAAGAGCAACAGUGGACUCUUCUCCCCUUUCUGCUUUCUUUGUGAACCCUCCUUUUGAUGGAAGAACUAAAAAGACUGUGCCACAGUGAUGGAGACUGAAAGACUUGAAAGAGCAUGGCUUUUGCCAAGUUGUUUGAUAUUUACCACGUAAAUGUAGGAAUUAUAAACAAACAAACCCACAAAAAAAAUGUCAAAACAUGAAAAUCAAGCAAAAAAUCUUUUGUUUCCCCUGAAGUAUGAACUUAUUUUUUCUAUAAAGACAUGCUAUACCA